UCCUCCCCAUAGGUCAGAGCAGGAAAGGCUACAGCUGACGCUGCUUUUCCAAAUUCAGCAGCCAGUAAACAACCUUGGGCAUUUGCAAGCAGCAGCAGCAGCAACAACAACAACAUACCUUUGCAAUGGCUUCAGGGUUGCUGAUCAGUGACAAUGAAAGUGGUUACGAUCCUGAGAUGUUUUGUAUCCCUAAACACUACAUAGAUGACCUGGAAAGAGUUUUCAUUCCUCAUGGCCUUAUCAUGGACCGGACAGAACGCAUGGCCAGAGAUAUAAUGAAGCAGAUGGGAGGUGAUCACAUUGUUGUCCUUUGCGUACUGAAGGGAGGUUACAAGUUCUUCGCAGACCUUUUGGACUACAUCAAGGCUCUAAAUAGAAACCAGGACGAGUCGCUGCCAAUGACCAUUGACUUCAUCAGAUUGAAAAGCUACUGUAAUGACCAGACAGUAGAGGAGGUGAAAGUUAUUGGAGGGGAUGACCUGUGCACGUUGGCUGGAAAGAAUGUUCUAAUAGUUGAGGACAUUGUCGAAACUGGGAGAACUAUGAGGAAACUUCUCACACUCCUAGAAAAAUACAAGCCACAAAUGGUCAAAGUAGCAAGCUUGUUGUUGAAAAGGACCCCUCGAAGUUCAGGAUAUAGACCAGAUUUUGUAGGAUUUGAAAUCCCAGAUAAGUUUGUGGUGGGAUAUGCCCUGGAUUACAACGAGUAUUUCCGAGACUUGAAUCAUAUAUGUGUGAUCAGCGAAAGAGGAAGACAAAAGUACAAGGUGUGAAGAUGCAGAGGACGUGUUUGCGAUAAUGUGAAUAUUCUGACCAGGAACAAAUCAUUGUAGAUGCUGAAACAUCUCUACCCCUUCGAUCAGUUGUUUUAUAUAGAAAAUAGGCAAUGGAAUGUGUGCAGAAAGGAAUGUACAUAGCUGCACAUAUGUCAGAUUAUUUACUAUUUUUGUAUUGUCUGAUGGAAAGGGUUAAUUUUUUAUAUUUGAAAUGUGCUGUAAAGUUAUAAUUUGCCCUCCUGGAAACAUUUGAGAGCAAACAGAAAUAUUUUUGUAUUCAGCUGUUUUGUUUAUAUAUGUGCAAAUGAGCAUAAGGCAGUAUCAGAAUCAAAUCUGCAGCAUCUGUGCUCCAUGUUUCACACCAGGCAGUGGUGAACAGUUGGAGAGUCAAUGGCCCAAUCUUGUAAAACUGGACAGCACUACUCGUGAAUAAGCAUUGUCAGAGUAGGCAGGUGGGCUCCAUUUGCCAAGCCUACCCAACAAAGUUGGAGAUGGGUUGAUGGGAUUGAGAGUGUACUGAGCGAGGGCCAGUUGCUUUAAAUAGGGCUUCACCAGCGAUAAAUCCAGAAUGAUUGGUGGGCCACCAAAGCCAGUAGUUGAAAACAUCAACCAAUUCGUCCAAAGGCUGGGGGUGUUAAAAACUAGUGGCAAGAAAUGUAUUCAUAGCAAAUCCAAUUCCUAUUGACUUCAAUGGGGCAGUGCACCAGACUGAAUAGAAAAUGACUGACAGAUUCACGACGAAGCUGUUUUCAUCUGUUGGUGCAGGCCAGUUAUAAGGUGUCCAUUAUUUGGGAUUCUGUUUUGUGAGCAAUAAGUGGGUGUCCUUCUCCCUCCCUUAGGGCCAUGUCCCUCUGCAAAGGUGCACAUCCCAGUCCCAUGGUGCUGUGGCUUAGUGAUAUUUCUAAUGACCAGGUCAAGGGGAGUUCUGGGGGUGGAAAGGCAAAGACACUACAAGGCAGCAGAGCCUUCUGAAUAACAGAUUGAGGUGCUAUUUUGGCAAAUUUCUUUUUUUUUUAUCCCAUCGCUUGAUAGAAAAUAGGAACCCAUCUACACCAAUUUUCUUCUGCCAAAGUAGCAACAAGAAAUGAAGAAUUCUAAACCCCCUUCUGAUUGAAAUCCUAUCUCAUUUUAUUUCUAUCCAUCUACCAUUAGUGGGCUUUUCCCUGCUUUUAUGUGGCUUGGUCAUUGUGGCUAUCAUCUGAUGAGCAUGUAAAUGUGUUGGCAUGCUCUGUGUGCAGUGUUGCCAGAUUGGCUUCCCACCAACAUUUUAACAUUAGGGAAUGUGGUGCUUGCAUCUUUGCCCUGUAAACAUUGCAUUUAAGAGCACAAGCUAGAGAUCUCAGAGCUGAGUGCAUGGUGUGGGAUAUACUUUUCAGUACAUUUGCCAUUUCAAUGUCGCCUAUACAUUAAUAACCAAAUGGUAUCUUUCUCUUUAUUUAUUUUUCUGUGAAUGUAAGAUAUGGAUGUAUUAGCAAUAAAC